UUCCUGUCUGCAGACUCUCUGAGUUUGAUCAGAAGUGCUUGAAAUGUUGAAGGGAGAGUGAGAGGUUCAUUUCUACUUGCUGCUGUCAUGGUUUUUCAAACUAGGAUCCUGCAUCUGAAUUUGAGUGUCAUCCUUACUUUGCUGACCAAUGCAGAUUAUUCCAAAUCCAAUCAAGAGCCAAUUAUUAAGCAGCACAUCAACAAAACAGUGUUUGUGGGGGAAACAGUUACACUUCACUGCAACAAAACCCAAUAUGAUGAUGAUUUCACAUGGAAAAUGAACAGCUUUGUUAUUUUUAGGCAGGACUCUGAAAGUAACAGAACACUGAGAAACUUUAGCUCAAACAGGAUUCACAUCGACCCAGCAGCUCCAAGAGAAUUAACAAUACAUCAAAUACAAGCAUCUGAUGCAGGAAACCUCAGCUGUUACCCAGCAGCAAUAAGAUGGACAUUAACAAUAACAGAAAUCCAGAUCAGAUCAGAAUCACUCAAACAAAUGCCGUUGUACAUCAUCAUUUCGUGUUCUGGAGUCAUUAUGAUCUGUCUAAUUAUCACAAUCAGCAUCUGCAUUCACAGGAGAUGUAAAAACAGCAUACAGAGUCACAGAGAAAUGGGACAGGACUUUUCACAGGCACCGGUGAGAGGAAGGAUACAGACUCAAAACAGUCAGUACUUGGAAAGAUAUAACUCGGUGUAUGGACAAGUAUGAAAUUAUUAUUUUUGUUCAUU